AUGGAGAUUACUAUCCCUUCUGGGUUGACUCAAUUUCCGGUGUUGUUCCUCCUUCUCACUUUUCUAUCUCAUCCCAUCUCCGCCGUAGCCUCCACCGAAGAGCUACUCAAAGGAUUCACCGCCACCCCAGAUUCAUCCAUAUCAUCAUUCCAACCUCUACUCAGUGACUCACUUGGUAACUACUCGUUCGGUUUCCUCCGAGUUGAUCGAACUCAACUCGCUCUUGCUAUAAUCCAUGUUCCAUCCCAGGAGCAGCUUUGGAUCGCCGGAAAAAGUCCUCUGGCGCCGUGGUCCUCCCAGACUCGUCUCUCAUUUAAUGGCAGUCUUGUAAUAUCAGACUCGCAAACAGUGGUAUUAUGGUCAAGUUACACCGAUGGCUACCGUGUUCGCCUAUCCAACACCUCCAAUUUAUUAAUAGACGCGGUGGGAGACAAUUCUUUAAUCCUAUGGCAGAGUUUUGACUCUCCCUAUAAUACCCUCAUGGAGAAUCAAAUUUUCACUAGUGCCAUGACACUGGUUUCUUCAAACGGGCUGUAUUCCAUGAAGCUUGGAUCCGAUUUCAUCGGGUUUUACGCUAAUUACGUUGAUAAUUCGGAUCCGGGUCAUCUUUACUACCAGCAUAACCCAAUGGAAGCUAAAGCUCGCGUCUUGAAAGACCAUGGACCCAUUCAGGCAAUGCUUAGCCCGGACGGGUUUCUGGGUAUGUACCAAAACGGUUCAACUCCGGUCGACGUGCAGCCGUUCAGCACCUUCCAACAAACGGGAACCGGUUCACGGCGACUUCGGCUCGAACCCGACGGAAACCUGAUCGGAUAUUACUGGACAAGAUCAUCAUGGGUUAUAGAUUUCAAACAAAUCUCCGAUCUGUGUGAUCUCCCAAGCUCAUGUGGACCCUACGGUUUAUGUCAGCCAGGUAAAGGUUGCUCUUGCGUCGACAACCGGACGGCGUACUCCUCCGGCGGGUGUGGUACCUCCGGCGGCGACUUUUGCGGGAAGAAGUAUGGUGUUUUGAGAAGAACUGGGGUGGAGCUAUCAAACAAGGAGAUAAUGGCGUACACGAUGAUGAGUUCUUUAGAGAAAUGUGAACUCACGUGCGAAGAGAAGUGCACGUGCUGGGGUGCGGUGUACAGUAACACAUCUGGGUUCUGUUACACCAUAGAUUACCCCAUACAAACAGUGGUUGAGGUUCUGGAUGUGACCAAGGCGGGUUAUUUUAAGGUGCGGGUGGGUGCAGGAAAAGAUAAUAAGGUGGUGGGGUUAUGGGUUGGGUUAGGGGUGUUGUGUGGGUUAGUUUUGUUACUUGGAGGGGUGUUUUGGUACAAAAGGGAAAGUAGAGGGGUGAAAGGGUAUGUAGAGGAGGAAGGGGUGAAUGGUGGGGUGGGACCGUAUAAAAAUUUGGGGUCAGAUAGUUUUAAGUCUAUCGAGUUAAGUGAGAGGUGA